AUGCCUUUGGAAGAGGCCGUUAACCUUCUAAUAAGGCAAUUGGCUGAAGCUAGAGAAGAAGCAGCCCGCCUGAGGGCUACAAAAGAAAAUGCUACUAACACUGAGGCUAGAAGGCCUGCACCCACUUUCCCAAAUUUAGACUUACCAAUCCCUGACCAUUUCCCACAGACUCAAAAUGGAGCUACUUUUCAAACUCCACUGUGCCGAAGCACCACCUAUGUGGGGAAUUCCACCCACCAAACACCGGCUUUCCAAAUACAUGCUCAUGCUACAGCAUGUCACAACCCAAACGCUUAUCAAACUCCUCGGGUAGCGGGAACUCCUACAACCCGCCCCAUGCAACCAAAUGUUACUUUUCAAGACCAUAUCACCCAUAUUGACUCCUCACUAGAACUGGAGAACGUAAAAAUGUUCUUUGAAGCUAGAAUAGACAAAAUCGAGAAGGAGAUGGGGAAGAAAAUCGUUGAACUAGAGCAGGGCUCCAAGAAGAAAAAAGGGCUGAGAUACUCUGAUUUGUGCAUACAUCCAGACUUGGGUUUACCAAAAGGUUUCAAAAUUCCCAAAUUUGACCAUUUCAAUGGGCGGGGCAAUCCCAGAGCCCACUUGAGAGUUUAUUUCUACCAGUUGGUCGGGAGUGGCGGAAACGAAGCUUUGCUCAUGAGAUUAUUCAGUCGAAGUCUGUCAGGAAAAGCUAUGGAGUGGUUCAUCUGGCAAGACAUUAGUCGAUGA